AUGGCCGACCCCACCAAAGACCAAGUCGGCGAUGCCGACGGAACUGGACUGUUUCCUCAGGUCAAUCCCGCAUCGGGAGACGGCUCCCAGAACCGAGACUUCACUGAUGCGAAAAAAAUCAUGCUCGACAAGUACGCCAACAAAAUGCGGAUGACCAAAAGCUUUGUCAAGAUCCUGAGCUCGACACAGCUAGAUGAGUUCUUCAACACUGCUCUCGAGUACUGCAACUGGUUUUUACGAGUCAACUACCUCGAAAAGCAAAAGGCCACCAAUCGCCUCGGAGUCGACUUUCCAUCGAACGUCCCGAGACAACUUGGAGACAACACCCAAAAUCUUCUCUUUGGAAGCAAUGUGUGGACGUUGGACGAAGCCGUCGCACACAAGGAGUCUUCCCUUCGGGCCUUCGCAACGGCAUACUGCUUCCUAUUGCUUGUUGUCUCGGCCAACAGCAAGGAGCCGGCCAAAGAGCGGAUGUACUUUGAGGUCUGCUCGCCCCGCCAGUUUAAUCGGCCAAUUGCACGUGUGCCCCCAGCCCAUGCGAUUUAUGACUUUACCAAAUCAGUCGACCGUGAGCUGAAUCGGCUCUUUCGCUCAGAUCUGUUUAUGCCCAUCGAAGACGAGUGGGAUCUGGCCUCGCUCGGUGCGUUUGGGUUGCCGGCACCCCAACGAGCGCCGUCGUUUUCGAGAUCUCUGAAUGAUCUACAAUCUGGCGAUGCCUUCACCUCGCGGCGAAAGACGCCUCUUGGAAAGGGCCCCUCUCUGGGCGUCGGAGAAGGAGGCGAUUCCCGCGGGUUUGCCAUGGAUAUGCCCGCGCCGGAGGAGCAUUGGGACGAGCCGGAGACGGAUAGCAAACUGAUUCGGAACCAACCGCCUCGCAGGAAGUAG